AUGGCGGGCGAGGAUCACCAGUGGCAGGGCAGCAUCCUCUACAACAUGCUCAUGAGCGCGAAGCAAACCCCCGCUGCUCCAGAGGUGCCCGACGCGCAGCUGCGGAGCCCGUGCUGGGGCUGCUCUUGCGGCGCCGAGCAGCGAGGGGGCAGAGAGAGGCUGCUGGGCGGGCGGGCCGUGGCGCUCGUGUACCGCUGCUGCUUCUGCGGUGACGACCACCCGCGCCAGGGCAGCAUCCUCUACAACAUGCUCACAAGCGCAAAGCAAGUGCACGCGGCUCCAGAGGCGCCCGAAGCUCGACUGGGGCGCCCUUGCUGGGGCUGCUCGUGCGGCGCCGAGCCGCCAGUGGGCAGAGAGGGGCUCCUGGGCGGGCAGGCCGUGUCAUUCGUGUACCGCUGCUGCUUCUGCGGUGAAGACCACCCGCGCCAGGGCAGCAUCCUCUACAGCUUGCUCACCAGCGCUAGGCAAACGCACGUGGCUCCAGAGGCGCCCGAUGCGCUGCGGGGGGCCCCGUGGUGGGACCGCCCCUACGGCGCACAGAGGCCAGGGGGCAGAGAACGGCUGCCCGGCGGGCGGGCCGUGGAGUUCCUGUACCGCUGCUGCUUCUGCGGAGACAACCACCCGCACCAGGGCAGCAAGCUCUACCACCCGCCCACGAGCGCAAAGCAAACGCACCCGGCUCUGGAAGCGCCCGACGUGCAGCCGGGGACUCCAUGGUGGGGCCCCUUGUGUGGCGCGCAGCGGCUGGUGGCCCUCAAGAGCCCCCAGUUGGUCUGUGAGGCGGCCUCGGCCGGCCUGUUGAAAACGCUACACUUCGUCAAGUACUUGCCCUGCUUCCAGGUGCUGCCCCUGGACCAGCAGCUGGUGCUGGUCCGCAGCUGCUGGGCGCCGCUGCUCCUGCUCGAGCUGGCCCAGGACCGCAUGCACUUCGAGACGGUGGAGACCUCGGAGCCUAGCAUGCUGCAGAGGAUACUCACCACCAGGCGGCGGGACGCAGCGGGCGACGAGCCGCCGCUGCUGCCCAUGUCGCAGCCACUGUUGGCACCGCUGCAGGAGGCCAGGCAGCUGCCCUCGGCCGCCGAGGUCCAAGCCAUCAAGGGCUUCCUUGCCAAGUGCUGGAGCCUGGAUAUCAGUACCAAGGAGUACGCCUACCUCAAGGGGACCGUGCUUUUUAACCCGGACCUCCCAGGCCUGCAUUGCGUGAAGUACAUCCAGGGACUUCAAUGGGGAACUCAGCAGAUACUCAACGAACACAUCAGGAUGACUCACAGAGGGCACCAGGCCAGAUUCCUGGAACUGAAUUGUGCCCUUUCCCUGCUGAGAUUCAUCAAUGCCAAUGUCAUUGCUGAUCUCUUCUUCAGGCCCAUCAUUGGCACAGUGAGCAUGGAUGAUAUGAUGCUGGAAAUGCUCUGUGCAAAGUUAUGA